CUUCAAAAAGGAACUCUGGCUCUCCCACGAGAACCUCUGGCUCUAGAACUUCUGCUGCAGCUAAGGACAACUCAACCUUUUCUCAAGAGGCAGAGGAAUUCAGGGAUGAGGACUUGGAGGAUGAUGGAGACUUAGAAGAAGCCAUAGUAGAUGAAACCGUU